GGCCCCGCUCCCCUCUCCUUUCAAUGAGACGUGCGAUCAUUGUAUUCAACUCCUGUCAAAGUUCCGCCCAAGGAGGCGCAAACAUGGAUAAUAUACCUGAAGAAAGAUCAAAGGAGAUCCUUGCGGCAAAUGAACAUGCUGAACCGCUCGCCGAUCCUCGACGACUCAUAGUCUGUUUCGACGGCACGAGUGACUUAUUCGAUGCGGAUAACACUAACGUCGUACGGUUUGUUUCGUACCUCAAGAAGGAGGACAUGAGUAAGCAGCAAGUCUACUAUCAGUACUCCCAGACGGGCAUAGGGACUUACAUCAACCCUGGCAUGUUGAUGCCCUUGACGGUCAAGUUUCUCGAACUAGCGGACGAGGUAGUGGCUUGGAAUCUCUCUGAUCACAUCAUGGGCGGAUACCGAUUUCUGAUGGCGAACUGGACACCAGGGACCAAGAUCUCCAUCUUCGGUUUCUCUCGAGGUGCAUAUACUGCGCGGGCUCUGGCAGGCAUGCUUCACAAGGUCGGACUCCUGUCGCGCGGCAAUGACGAGCAAAUUCCCUUUGCAUACAAGAUCUACGCCAAAGACACUGUAGAAGGAUGGCAAAUGAGCGCCGCCUUCCAGCGUACCUUUUGCCACGAAGUGACCAUCGAUUUUCUGGGUGUCUGGGAUACAGUCUCAUCAAUCGGCUUGUUCACGAUUCAUGAUCUGCCGUUCAGCGCUUCGAAUCACCAAAUCCGCGUAUUCCGGCACGCGGUUUCACUUGACGAACGUCGAUGCAAGUUUAAGGCUAACCUCUGGCACCAUUCUACUGGCCCUCCUGAUUUGGAUCUGAAUGCGGGCGAGAUUUCCUCCACAUGGACGAGGUUCAUACGUGGUCGUAAUGGGAAGGUUCAGACGAAUCAAGAGGAUGGCAUAGACGGUCCCGGAAUCUCCGCAUAUCCCUUCACUACCGAUGUAGAGGAGAUUUGGUUUGCGGGGGGGCAUGGAGAUGUCGGCGGCGGAAACUGCGAUAACUCCGUCCAAUCCAGUUCAAAUCGUAUUCCAUUGGUGUGGAUGAUCCGAGAAGUUGUUCUCGCCAACACAGCCAUCCUGUUUGACGAAGAAGCCUUGGAGGCCGAUGGCAUUGUGCUUCCGGUCGUGCGCCAACCCAAGGAUGCAUCCAUGCCCGACAACCGGGUCUCAACCCUCGAUCUGCGGUACAAUGACGAUGUUCUGUCGACGAUCACAGACCAGCUCAAAGCUGUGUGGGCGUGGUGGAUGCUGGAGGUUUUGCCGUUCACGUAUCGUGUUCGUACAGAGAAGAACGGGCGAGACUCUUGGAGGCUCGCAUUCUGGCCCAAUUUCGGCAGGCCGCGAGCAACCCCUGAUGGUCGCAUGAAGGUGCACGUGUCCGUGCAUGAGAGGAUGCAGCGAACCAACUACACACCAAAGGUGCGGUGGCACGAGGAGCCUAUGUGGAUCGAAUGA